AUGGGUCAACAUGCACUCGAAGCAAUCCUGCGCGAGCACCUCGCCAAGCUUGACGAGAAAUGCGUCAGAGUGAAGGUUGCCAAGCAUCGCGGCGACGACGGGGAAGAAGUCGAGGAGGAUAUAGAAGUGGCGUACUUGAUCGGUGCAGAUGGAGCGAAGAGUGUGACGAGGAAGCAACUCGGGCUUACCUUUCUUGGAACUACCAGGGAAGAUGAUUUCCUGGUAGGAGGGGAUAUCCGUUUGGAAGUUAAGGGCCUUGAUCGGGACCACUGGCACUGGUUCGGCACGGUGUCGCAAGAUGUUGGCACAACUGACCUUAAAGGUCUCGCCCGAGACGAGGAGGCUCUCGUGAGUUAUAUAAAAGAUUUCAUAGGCCUCGGAGACGAUGUCGAAGUCAAAGAGGUGAUACCCAACAUACGGCUUGUGAAUAAGUUUGGAGUGGGGAGGAUUUUUAUUUGUGGAGACGCUGCCCAUGCACACAGUCCAGCUGGCGGACAAGGUCUGAACUCAAGUGUCCGGGAUGCACUUAAUAUUGCCUGGAAAAUUGCACUGGUCUACAAAGGCUUGUCCCCAGCAUCCCUUCUCGACACUUACACCAUCGAACGGCUCCCUGUGAUUACUGAAAUGCUUGUGUCGAGCGUACCCCACGAUCAACUUCUGGCGAAAGUGAAACCCAACUUGGAACAUUCAAUGCGUCGCGGAGAGAAGAUGUACAUGCUCGGCGUGAAUUAUCGUAGCAGCCCGAUCGUCAUCGACGACUUUGCGCCCACUCCUACAUCGGGAGCCGAAGCAACAUACAGCGCGUACGGAGAUACCCAAGAAGGCGUCUUGCUCGCCGGUGACCGUGCACCUGAUGCACCGGGACUCGUGCCCGUCAUUUCACUUAACCGUGCAUCCUGCAGCAUUUCGAGUGGUUCUCAGUCAAAUGGAAUGGCUUGGAGCACCCACCAGAGUGUGCGAAAGGAAUUUGUAAGGCGUGUAAUCAUACUUCCUGGACCUCCCUCCGAGUUAGAUGGACGUGUCGAGAUGCCCUCUGGGGACGACCAGGCCAUCGACGCGGAAGUACUCGUCGAUCAGGCGGGUCAUGCGCACCGAGGGUAUGUUGUCGAGAAGCAGGCGAUCAAAGUUGUGGUGCGUCCGGAUGGGGUGGUGGGUGCAAUUGUGCGUGGUGCGACGGGGUUGGAGCAAUACUUUGAGGGCGUGUUCGGGAAGACGGAGGGUAUGCGCGCCAAGUAGGAUCAAUCCUCAUACUGGGUCGGCAAUUUUGGCAGGGACUACAUAACCCCAGUUUCUAUACUCGUACCCCACGACCCCCUCUUCGAGAAUUUUCUGCGACCGCACGGUAGUCACAGGAUAGUUUCUGUUCAUGGAUUUCAAUCUCGGAUAUUCUGUACGUGAUUGCUGUAAUGGCGAUGCGAAGUUGUAAGACUUGCAAUGACACCACACCAGGA